CUUGACUGUGAGAGGUGGGAGGCGACGACGGAAGAAAUGAGGGGAAACCUUUGAAUUGUUUCGCUCUGACAGGCUGCAGACUAAAAACCGAAGCCGCAGUGCAAACCCAUGAAGCUAUGUCAUGGAGCAUGCCGUCAGAGCUCUCUUCUUACACCACGAUGGGUCCAGCAUGAAGAUCUAAGGAGGAAAUGAUACCAGAAGCUUCUGCUGCAGUUGCAUCCAGGUCUUCAGAGAAAAAGGCAAAGUCUCAGGUUGGGGCGACUUCCUCUGGAGCUGCCAGUCACUCUGAGGAUGAGUCGGGGAACGAGAACAGACAGAAGAGUGUGAGACGAAGAAAAAGAGCCUGCAGUGUCUCGGAGAAUGUCAAGCGCAAAAGAGCCGGAGCGAGUGGCGGCGGUGUUAGAAGGGCGCAGGGCAAACAUGCCAAGGAGAAGCAGGUGGAAGCCGUCACCUUGUUUGAGGUGAUCACCAUGGGCAAGAGUGCCGUCCAGGCAGUGAUAGAUGACUGGAUAGAGGCGUACGUGGCAGACAGAGACUCCUCCCUACUUGACUUGAUCAGCUUCUUUAUCCAGUGCUGUGGAUGCAAAGGGGUGGUCACAGCAGAGAUGUGCCAGAGUAAAGAGGACAAGAAUGUGAAGAGUAAGAUGGUCGAGGAGCUGGAUGAGGCUGCUGGUCUGCAGUAUAAGCGAUUCCUCGCUUUUCCAUGGAUCCUGACGGUCACCUGGCCCAUGGACGCAGAUAGCGCCGAGUAUCCUCUCGUUCAGUCCGGACCGUCCGGUCGCUGGUUUCACACGGAGUUCUGUGACUUUGUGUCGGUGCUGGUGGCUCAGUGUCAGCACAGCAUCCUUUUUGACAGCUACCUGAUGAACGGCCUCAUCUCGCUUCUCACCGAGCUGUCCAACUCAUUUGUGAGGGCGUUCAGACACACAUGUACGCUUGCAGCGGUGAAGUUGCUGAGCUCCCUGUUGGGCGUGGCUCUGAGCCUGAGCGUCGGCAUUGAAAACAGUCAGAAGCUGUACGACGUGCAGAGGACAAAGACAGUGAGACAGAAAAGCACUCAGCAACUGGACCGAAUACAGAAGAAGAUCUCUGAGUUGCAGGAAAAGAGAGUGGAGGUAGAGAGCAUGAUGGACAUCAUCUUCAAAGGAGUUUUUCUCAAAAGAUAUCGGGACAUGCUGCCGGAGAUUCGCUCAGUCUGUAUGGAGGAGUUGGGCUUGUGGAUGAAGCUCUAUAGUUCUGAAUUUCUCAAUGACAGUUACCUCAAAUACAUUGGCUGGAUGAUGCAUGAUAAGGUACCGGAUGUGCGUCUGAAGUGUGUGUUAGCUCUGCAGGGUCUGUUCGGCGAUCCUGUCCUCCUCCCUAAACUAGAUCUGUUCAUCAGUCGCUUCAAGAAACGGCUGCUCUCCAUGGUGCUGGAUAAGGACAACGAGGUGGCGGUACAGACCAUGAAACUAUUGGUGCUAAUCUCCAGAGCUACAGACGAUGUGCUCACUGCUGAGGACUACAAGCAGCUCCUUCAGGUUGUUUUCUCUUCUCAUCGCCCUCUCGCAGCCACUGCAGGGGAGCUGCUCUACUCAAGGAUUCUCUGUGCUGUAACCCCUACCUCUGAUAAUCGGGAUGAAACGAAUGAAGAGGAGGAGCAGAGACAACAGAUGUUCGUCAGACUUAAAGCUUUACUGCAGUUUUAUCAGGAGUCUGAGCUCCACGAACAUGUUGUUUACCUGGUGGACAGCCUUUGGGACUGUGGUGGAUCUCUGCUGAAAGACUGGCCCACACUCACAGCAGCUCUGCUGCAGAACAGCCCAGGUUUUACUGCGGCAGAACAAGCAGUGAUUGUGGAGAUCCUAGUCGCGUCGGUACGUCAGGCUGCAGAAGGGCCAGCUCUGGUGGGGAGGAGCGGGGCCAAGAAGGUCAUGAGCACCAGGGAAAAGAAAAUUCAAGCUGACGACUGUCUGAACCUCACUGAGCAUCUGUUUUCAGUGCUCCCCAAGUUACUCUCCAAGUUUUCAUGUAGCAGUGAUACCGUUGCUUCCCUGAUGCGGAUUCCUCAGUACUUCCACCCAGAUAGUCAAGAGGCUAAAAACGCGCAGUUAGUUUCGAGCCUGAUGACAGAGAUGGCAGCUGUUUUGGACCUUCACUCGAGCCCUGCUGUUCUGGAAGCAGCGGCUCGGACUUACCUCAGCCUGUGUGGCGACGGGGCAGCCUGGGCCUCUGCAGCCAGAGCGUCGCGGGACUCUCUGGUCCAGCGCUGGGUGGACCAGCUGACUGGGCUGCUGGGGGAGUCUCUCAAGGGAGGCUGUUUUUCUGCUGAGGAAGAGCAGACGAGACAAAUUGUGACGACACUGAAGAAACUCAGAGCUUUCCACAACUGUCACGACCUCGGUCGAUUAAGCGUGUUUGACCUGCUGUCUCCUCUCCUGACCGAGGACGGCAGCAGGGGAGGAGCACCACCUGAGGUGCUGGAGGAGGCGCUGCAGUGCAUGUCAUUCGCCACGCUGUGGUCCCUCAGUACGAGCGGCGAAACUCUGACUUGCAGGGAGAAGGCUGUGGCCCAGAGGCUGCAGCUGCGUCUCUUCUGUGAGAGGAGCCACCGGUGUCUCUCCCACUGCGACCACGGCGUGAGGAAUCAGGCCUUCCUCGGCGUGUGCGAUGUGCUGAUAGCUCAUUCGUACCAGCUGCAGGUGUGGGAUCCCACCUGCUUUGGGCCACUGCUCUACACGCCCAGUCCCAGACUGCAGAGGGCGCUGCUCACCUUCGUGUGCAUGCACGUGUUUGUCGUCCCAGACUGUGACAGCCAGAGUAGAGUCAGUGAGAGCUCAGAAGUGGAGAGGCUGGAGGAGCUUCACAGGAGAAGAAGCGUGCUGGCGGCUUUCUGCAAGCUGAUCGUACACGGAGUGCUGGAGAUGAGCGUGGCAGCGGAGCUCUACCCGUUCUACGUCAAGCAUUACAGCGACUUCGGAGACAUCAUCAAGGAAACGAUUUACAGGACCAGGCAAACGGACAGGAUGGAGAGUGCUCGUACCCUGGUGCUUUGUUUGCAGCAGCUGUUCGUUCAGCUGAAGCGGGAACAAGAGAGCGGCGGCAGGGCUCACUCGGGCGUCCAGACGUUCACCUGCAUUAAGGAGCUGGCCAGGCGCUUCGCCCUCACGUUCGGGGACCCUGCCAAGUUCCGCGAGUGUCUCGUCAUGAUCCACAGGAACGGCGUGGAGUUCGUGUUCCAAGAGUUCAGGCAGACUCCAGACAACGCGACACCUCCGUACCUCUCCUACCUGACCAUCCUUAGCGAGUUCUCCAACAAGCUGCUGAAGCCAGACAAGAAGACAGUGCUCUCCUACCUGCAGAAGCACACUGCUGAGCACGUAAUUGACCUCAGGGAGGAGUGCUGGCAGCCGCUCAUCUACUAUCGCGCGUCUUUAUUGGCUGUGGCAGAAACGGAGGACGCCGCGUCGUAUAUAAGCUCAGACAGGAGGCACUGCCUUCACAGUCGCUCUCCUGCCUCCAAACAGAAAGUGGAAGGAUUCAAGUCCUCUUGUCAAACUCGUCCAACAGAACAAGUCGGUAAAGUGAACAAACCCAGUAUCAGCCACAGUCCUCAGGCGAACGCAGGCGACACGGAUCCAUUCUCUGUUCCUCCGGAGCUUCGUGGAAAAAGCUUCAACAUGGCUUCAACUGGCCUCAGCACCUACAGCGAGUCAGAUGAUGGCAGUGUGGACGUUGAGCUAUGAGGAGUGGGAAGGGGUGGGGGGGGGAAUAUGACAAAAACUCUAUACCAAGUAUCAUUUAAAUAAUACCGUUGUUACCAAACGGUAUGUUUUGCCAUAUCCGAAAGCGUUUUUGUGCUUCCAGCAAUACUUGACACCUGAUGUAUCAGGUUGCAGUUGUGUCAAACAAAUAAGCUAUUUACUACUAAAUGGAUCCAGGGUUCCCACACAGUCUUUAAAAGUGAGAAAUGGAAGAAGUGUGAGAAAAUACCAAAAUCGAAUGGAAAAAUGUUUGGGUUUCUAGACCUGGUUCUGCUAGUUAUUUUAUUUAACUACACUUUUUGAAAAGCAUUGUUAUUGUGAUUCAUAUUUUGAAGAUAUAGUCUUAGAUUUGUCACAUCACAAACUGAGUUUAACAUUUUAACAAUCGAUUGUUUUAUUUUUUGCGUUCCUAAAUGUCCACUCAUGAACUAAACGGUUCAUGCUGGGUUUAAACAGUGAUGAUUCUCAACAAGAAGUGAUUAAGGCUACCUUCACACUGCAGGCCUUGAUGCUAAAUUCCGAUUUUAUUUGUGAAAUCAGAUUUUUUUGCGUGGUCGUUCACAUU